CAGUGUUCCCGGUGAGGUCUCGCAGUGACUGUGUCCCGUCGGACUGAGGACAGAUCUGGAUAGACCCGGACCUGUGUCUCUGUAUCCCGGGCUGUGUCGUGGUCCGGCUCGGCUCUGUCUCUCUGUCCCGGGUCGGACCGACAUGACGCGGGAGUUAAACCGGACCGGAGCGCGUGGGACGAGGCUGUGAACGAGAGGACAGCCGCGUGCACGGCACGCGUGUCCGUGAAGAUUCAAUGAAACAUAAAGAUGGAAAACCUACUGAGUCAGGUAAUAUGUGCGUGUGUGCUGCUCAGCGGACACGUUGGUCCAGCGGAGUUAACCUGCGAAACACUGAUCCUGCUGUCGACCAACCUGACAGCGAGAGCGUUGGCGUUUCUGAACCAGACGUUCACCGUCAGUAACAUCUCAGGUGUUUACUGUGACCUGUCUGUGGACGGUAUAGGAACCUGUUGGCCUCGCAGUGCAGCUGGAGAGCUGAUCUCCAGACCCUGUCCUGAACAGUUCAACGGCAUCCACUACAAUACCACCAACCGAGUGUACAGAGAGUGUCAGUCUAAUGGCAGCUGGGCUCCUCGAGGAAACUACAGUCAGUGCACCGAGAUCAUCAUCCUGAGGAAGACGAAGGUCCAUUAUCAGGUCGCUGUGAUCAUUAAUUAUCUGGGUCACUGUAUCUCUCUGGGAGCUCUGCUGCUGGCCUUCACUCUAUUCAUGAGACUCAGGAGUAUCCGCUGCCUGAGGAACAUCAUCCACUGGAACCUGAUCUCUGCGUUCAUCCUGAGGAACGCCACCUGGUUCAUCGUCCAGCUGACCAUGAACCCUGCUGUCACCGAGAGCAACCAGGUGUGGUGCAGGUUGGUGACAGCAGGUUAUAAUUAUUUCCAUGUGACGAACUUCUUCUGGAUGUUUGGUGAAGGGUGUUACCUGCAUACCGCCGUCGUCCUCACCUACUCCACCGACAAGCUCAGGAAGUGGAUGUUCAUCUGCAUCGGCUGGGGUAUUCCAUUUCCCAUCAUCGUGGCGUGGGCUUUCGGGAAACUUUACUACGACAACGAGAAGUGCUGGUUUGGAAAGAAGGCGGGUGUUUAUACAGACUACAUCUACCAAGGUCCCAUGAUCCUCGUCCUACUGAUCAACUUUGUUUUCCUGUUCAACAUUGUCCGGAUCCUCAUGACCAAACUGAGGGCAUCGACCACCUCAGAGACCAUCCAGUACAGGAAGGCAGUGAAGGCUACUCUAGUGCUGCUGCCUCUGUUAGGAAUCACCUACAUGCUGUUCUUUGUGAAUCCUGGAGGAGAAGAUGAGGUCGCUCAGAUCGUCUUCAUCUACUUCAACUCCAUCCUGGAGUCCUUCCAGGGUUUCUUUGUCUCUGUUUUCUACUGUUUUCUCAACAGUGAGGUGCGCUCUGCGGUCAGGAAGCGUUGGAUUCGUUGGCAGGACCGUCACUCCUUCCGGAGCCGGACAGUGCGCGCCACGUCACUGCCCACCUCACCAAGCAGAGUAUCCUUCCACAGCAUCAAACAGUCCUCCAACCUCUGACCUCUGACAGCGUUGAACUCACUCAACCUGUUAUGUCACUCCACUAUCAGGUCACAACAGCCAAUCACAGUGCAGGACAGUUUGUGGAGCCAAUCAGACUGUCUUGACUCUGGCCCCGCCUCUCUUCAUGUGUUGACCAAUCAGCUACUUCCACUGGAUGAUGGACUGGUUUCAGGCACCUGUCUAUUAUUAAUAAUAUUUAUGUAUUUAUUUAUUUAUUUUUUAUUUAUUGAUCAGUGAACUGUAACUGUCUGUUAAUAUGAUCACCAGCUUCCUCCUGUUUAACAGAGCUAACAACAAACACACACACAAUCGUUCGCUUGCUGGUUGCUCGGUAACCGUCUGACCCACAGACUGUAAAUAAAGAUAGAUGACGUGUCUCCGCCUCCUCCUUCAGCUAAAAUAUCCAGAUACAGUCGAUGUCGA